AUGAGUGACUUUGAGUCGUCGGACUCGGACCCCUACGGCGAGGACGCCAGCGAGGACAGCAGCGAGGAGGAAGACGAGGAGGCGGUCGACGAGAACGGCGUCGCUGACGAGGACGGUGACGGGGACGAGGACGAGGACGAGGAGGAGGAGGGGGAGGAGGGGGCCGGCGGCGAUGAGGAGGAGGGGGCUGCCGGCAAGCCCACGUUCCGCGGGAUCAAGGCGGCGGACGCGGACCUCCUCGUGCCGGUGGGGGGGGGGCGAUGCUUUGUGCUGCAAAAUGGGCGACGGGGGGGCGGCACCUUGGCACCGCGCAGGUCCCAGUGGUCCCUCGUGGGCACCGCCACGGCAUAA